AGAAGAAGAGAUAUCAGCAUAAACCCCCCAUUCUUCCUUCUUCCCCUUUCCUCCCAUUCUUCCCCUCCUCCUGGAAGAAGAAAGAACACCAAGAAGAUCCCAUUCAGAUCCUCUUCUACUGCAUAUUCUCCAAGAAAUUCCCCAACUCAAUUUCUCCAAAUUCAACCCACUGAGCCAUUAGCAUCGGACCAUUCUUCUCGAUCAUAUGAUCUGGUAGGGAAUUUGGGAGGAUUUAUGGGGCUUUUCAGGAAGAUAGCUGGGCUGUUCGGUUUCGGGAAAGACGAUGUUAACAAGGACGAAGAGGAGGAUGAAGAAGGAGGAGGAGAAGAAGAAGACCGGAAUCGAGGAGCUGCCAACUUCCAGCCAACUGGGCUUCCCCGCAAGGGCUUCGGCGUCCCCGUCCAAGUCCCCGUCGAGCGGUCCAAUCCCGGCCCCGUCCUCGUUCCGUGCAAUUCCGGCGACGGCGGCGUUCAGGGCCUCCGCUGGUACGCAAAGCGUCUUAGGAUAGAUGAAGAUGGAGAUGUGGCACAUGAAUUCCUGGACGAGGUAUUACCCGAGGUGUCCUCUGGAUCAGAAGAGCACAAGAGACAGUUCCCAAAGUUUCAGGUUCGUUAUAGCAACCGACCGGCUAAGGUAAAGGAGCAAGUGAUGGCCCUUGAUGGAAGGAUUCAACAUUGUGUGGAGCACCAAGGUAGACUCCAAUGGGUAUAGAAGGUAUGCUCAGUGUAUUCUUUAGGAGAUGUUCCAGUCUCUUUUCAGAAAUUCUGCCGUGUCCUUGAAGUUGUAUCGAUGCUUCCCUCGUGGGCGGAACUUCUCGAAUUUCUUCUGCUAUUAUUGCAGAGUUCUUAGGGUGUCAUUAUGGAUUGAUCGAUAACUGUAGCAUAUGGAAAUAUUGAAGUGCUGCCCAAUAUUGUGAAAUCUCGAAUGCUAUAAUCUUUGUUGAACCUUUUAAGAUUUACUUUGUAACCACAUUUUCUCA